UUUAAAAGCCGCUCAUGUUUGGAGCCUCAGCCAGCGACUCGGUCUGUCCUUAUCUUCCACUCCACUCCUCCUUCCACGAGUUCACUUCAGCGAUCCUCCUUACGCUUCACGUGGACGAGUCAUGGCUUCAUUGCGUGAUCUCCUGACGCUCCUGAUCACGGUUCAGCUCCACCUGUCCAGCACUUCCUCUCUCUCUCCUCACAGGAAGACUGGCGGCUCGGGGAGGCGUCAGGGGGCAGCGUCCCAAUCCCCAGAGGAGGGAACUUCAGCACUGGCACUAGGAGAAGUGUGCGGAGUGUACACUCCAGCAUGUGGACGUGGCCUUCGCUGCUUUCCUCCAGAAGGAGACCAAAGCCCACUGCAGUCUCUGCUUCAGGGGAAAGGAGCCUGCAGGAGCAUCAAGGUCAGCAUGCAGAAGACCACCACCACAGGGUCUCAGUCGCCGGUUACUGAAAGCCUGGAAAAGGGCCCUUGCCGGAAACUUCUAAUGUCACUGCUCCAGAAACUCGAGCUCACUGUGAUCCAGACGGACCAAGACAUUUACAUACCCAACUGUGACAAGAACGGGUUCUUCAAGAAGAAACAGUGUAUGUCGUCCCGUGGGAUGCAGCGUGGACACUGCUGGUGUGUGGAUGAGAAAGGAAACAGACUCCGAGGCAAAGACACGUGCAGCACCUGAAAGAAGAGAGAGAGAGAUCUGUUCAUCAGAAAUAAUCACCGUCCUUCACUUUCUUCUCCAUUUCUUUUUUAUUAUCACGAAACCGUCAGAUAUGAGGAGCGCCGUGAUUGAUAUGAGAUCCUGUUUCGCCGCCUAGUGGCCGAGCUGAGCACAACACUAAUAAUCAAUACAACGGUCGUGUAUUGUAUAGAAAUCUCUCUCUCUCUCUCUCUCUCUCUCACCCUCUCUCUCUCUCUCUCUCUCUCUCUCUCUCUCU